CUUUCAUGGAAAACGAAAUUACGUCUUUUAUUGCUCAAACGUAACAUAUAAAACACAUCAUUUCCUUUGGUUACUCAGACAAAUUAAAUUAAUUCUUGAAUUUUUAUAUAUUUGAAGCUGAGUUUCAUUGGGUGCCAACAAAGAAUUAUUUUGGAUGGCGAUGUGGAGAGUCCUUGUUGUGGCAAUAACAACAGCGUUGCUUCUGUUCAAGCUCGGCUCCGCCUGCUCUAAUGGAGCUUGCAAGGUGGGGGAUAAUUGUUCAUCCGAUUCAGAUUGCGGGCCGGGCCUGUAUUGCUUUUCUUGUGAAGCAGGCUUUGAUGGCUCCAAAUGUGUGAGAACAGCAGCCACCAAUCAGUUCACCCUACUCAAUAAUUCCUUGGCAUUCAACAAGUACGCCUUCUUGACAACCCACAACUCUUUCGCUAUAGACGACGGAAAACCAAGACUCACCUUCACAAACCAAGAAGACAACGUCACUCAACAGCUCACUAACGGCGUUCGUGCUUUGAUGCUCGAUACGUACGACUUCGAAGGCGACAUAUGGCUCUGCCAUUCCUUUGGAGGCCAAUGCCACGACUACACUAAAUUUGAGCCCGCGAUCGACACAUUGAGGGAAAUAGAGGCGUUCAUGUCGGAAAAUCCAUCAGAAAUAGUGACGUUGAUUCUAGAAGAUUACGUGCAGACACCAAAGGGAUUGACGAAGGUUUUCACAGACGCAGGUUUAAUGAAGUACUGGUUUCCCUUGUCCAAAAUGCCCCAAAACGGCCAGGAUUGGCCGCUCGUCGCCGACAUGAUCUCCAACAAUCAAAGGCUGCUCGUUUUCACCUCUCAGAAAUCCAAGGAAGCCGAUGAAGGCAUCGCUUACCAGUGGAAUUACAUGGUCGAAAAUCAAUAUGGUGAUGACGGAAUGAAGGAGGAGUGUUCCAACAGGGGGGAGUCUUCGUUGCUUAACGACACCACCAAAUCUUUGGUUCUGGUCAACUAUUUCAGGUCGGUGCCGGUUAAGCAAAUCGCGUGCGUGCAGAACUCCGGCAGCCUCGCCGACAUGCUGCACACGUGUCAUGCCGCCGCCGGCAACCGUUGGGCUAAUUUUGUGGCCGUCGACUUUUAUAAGAGGAGUGAAGGAGGAGGAACAUUUCAAGCGACCGACUUGUUAAAUGGGGAGCUCUUGUGCGGAUGCAACGACGUCCAUUCUUGUCUUGUAAGUUCAUACUUGAAUUUUGUUUUACUCCCUCCGUUCCUGAAAUAAGUUCCUCUUUGGGGACGGCACGAGUUUUAAGGAAAAGUGAUAAAGUUUAUUGAUAGUGGAGAAAAAUAUGUUAUAAUUAGUAUUAAGAGUGGUGAAAAGGUGAAAAGGUGUUAUAAUUAGUAUUGAGAGUGGUGAAAAGGUGAAAAAAUGUUAUAAUUAGUAUUGAGAGUGGUGAAAAAGUGAAAAGUAAGUAUAACUAAAGUAUUAUUAGUGGUAGGGUAAUUGUCCAAAAAUGGAAAGAAAGAAAAAUGAACUUAUUUGGGGGACGUCCCAAAAAGGAAAAAGAUGAACUUAUUUCAGAGAUGGAUGGAGUAUUUUAUACCUGACUAAGAUAUGAACAAAUCAAUGUACUGUAUGAACAAGUGUUUUGGACUUGGUUUGAAUCUUGGAAGGGAUUGGGUUUAAAUCAA